CCACCAGCGCCACCAAGGCGAGGCCAGAACUGGCGGCUGGCUGCCUGGCCAGCCCGGGGCUGAGGCGGCUGAGAGCGCAGCGCGGACUCCAAGGAGACGCCGGCCCACUGCCCGCCAGCUGGCCGCAGGUAGGCCGGCCCCCGGGAGGAGGGGCGCGACCAGGUGUCCCCAGCUAGCCGUCUCCUCCCUUCCUCCGUCGGCCGCCUCCCAGUACCGAGACAGGACCUCGCGCGGCGCGUGUUCCCCGGGCGCCCUUCUGCGGACCCCAGACGCGUCCCCGGUUUGCGCGCGAGGGCCACCCAGACCCUGGGGAGAGAGAAGCCCGGAGCGUCGCCGAGGUUUGAGAGCGCCGGAGACCGACAGCCUGACGGCCAAAGGAACCACCCCAGGACGAGACUCUGGCACGGCGGCUGCUGGAACAUGUGCGGGGGUACACAGUUUGUUUGACAGUUGCCAGACUAUGUUUACACUUCUGGUUCUACUCAGCCAACUGCCCACAGUUACCUUGUUUCCUCAUUGCACAAGAGGCCCAAAAGCUUCUACGAAUGUGGGAGAAGUGUUUACAUCAAAAGAAGAAGCGAACUUUUUCAUACAUAGACGCCUCCUGUAUAACAGAUUUGAUUUGGAGCUCUUCACUCCUGGUGACCUAGAAAGAGAGUGCAAUGAGGAACUUUGCAAUUAUGAGGAAGCCAGAGAGAUUUUUGUGGAUGAAGAUAAAACGAACGCAUUUUGGCAGGAAUAUUCAGCUAAAGGACCAACCACAAAAUCAGAUGACAACAGAGAGAAAAUUGAUGUUAUGGGCCUUCUGACUGGAUUAAUUGCUGCUGGAGUAUUUUUGGUUAUUUUUGGAUUACUUGGCUACUAUCUUUGCAUCACUAAGUAUAACAGGCUACAACAUCCAGGCUCUUCAGCCAUCUAUGAAAGGGGUAGGCACACUCCCUCCAUCAUUUUCAGAAGACCUGAGGAGGCUGCUUUGUCUCCAUUGCCGCCUUCUGUGGAGGACACAGGGUUACCUUCUUACGAACAGGCAGUGGCACUGACCAGAAAACACAGUGUUUCGCCACCACCACCAUACCCUGGGCCCACAAAAGGAUUCAGGGUAUUUAAAAAAUCUAUGUCUCUUCCAUCUCACUGACUACCUCGCCAUCUUGGUAUAAGAAAUUUGUGUUAUUUGAUAGGCCGGGCAUGGUGGCUCAUGCCUGUAAUCCCAGUACUUUGGGAGGCCAGGAGUUUGAGACCAGCCUAGCCAACAGGUGAAUCCCCAUCUCUACUAAAAAUUCAAAAAUUAGCCAGGCGUGGCAGCACAUGCCUGUACUUCCAGCUAGUCGGGGAGCUGAGGUAGGAGAAUUGCUUGAAUCUGGGAGGUGCCAGUUGCAGUGAGCCGAAAUUGCUGCACCACUGCACUCCAGCCUGGACAACAGAGCAAGACUCCAUCUCAAAAAAUAAAAAAAAAAAAGAAGAAGAAGAAGAAAUUCAUGUUAUUUGAAUGGUUUGUUCUCCCUGAACCAAAAAAGACAUGUCUCCGCUUUUUAUGACAAACUGCAAGGAAUAAAAGAAGAAUAAGCCAUGUGUUGUACCAUGGAAGCUCUGUCUGCAUCUUGAACCUGAACUUGAUCAUUAUCAGCUUGAUAAGAGACUUUCUGACUCUAUAUCCUUGCAGUUAAGAAUAAAGCACAUUUUUGUAAUGUUCGUUUUAGUGAUUCAAAAAAAAAUAUUUGUUAUAAAGAGCAUAGGUAGAAUUAGUGAACUCUUUGCAUCCUUUGUACAGAUAAAGGUUAUAGAUUUCUUGUGUUGAAUAUUAAAAAAGCAAGAAUGUCUAACCAUUAAGAUUAUCCAAAGUCAGGCCAGGAGCAGGAGCUCACCCCUGUAAUCCCAGCACUUUGGGAGGCCACCUGAGGUCAGGAGUUUGAGACCAGCCUGGCCAACAUGGUGAAACCCCAUCUCUAUAAAAAUACAAAAACAAUUAGCCAGGCAUGAUUGUGGGUGCCUGUAAUCCCAGCUACUGGGGAGGCUAAGGCAGGAGAAGCCCUUGAACCCAGGCGGCAGAGGUUGCAGUGAGGUGAGAUUGCACCAUGGCACAACAGCCUGGACGUCAGAGUCAGACUCUAUCUCAAAAAAAAAAAAAAAAAAAAAAAAAAGAUUAUCCAGUUAGGAUAUUGGACCUACUCUUUCUUAGGUUUUUUUUGGAGGAGUUAGAAAUACUUCACAGAAUUUGGCAUUUCAGUAUAAAUCUGUGACCUUAAUAUAAUCACUUGGUUUUAUAUGUUAAAUUAUUGCAUAGCAAUCAUCAUAUUUUGCUGGGUUUAGAUCUUAACUCGUGCUGUCAGUAAUGUGUUAUUAUAGGUAGUGGGGUCAGUAGUUUUCUUGUUCUAAAAAAUACUAUUUGCUAUGAAGUUAGUUCUUCAGAGGAUAUAAGGUUGCAAUGAAAAGGAUUUGCAAGGGUUGUUAUGCUAUCAAAUAAACAGACCACAAAUCUAGGAGACACUAGAAUUAAUGAAGUUGCCCCUAUUACUGAUUAGUAAACACUCCCAUCUUCAUUGCAAAAUUAUCAUAUAUAUAACUACAUAUGAUUAUUUUGAAAUUUGUUGAACUUCGUAAAUAGUUUGAGAAUCUGAAAAAAGUAAUUUGCUUUUCUGCUCUUAAAAUAAUAUUGAUUAAUGUUACCAUAAACUUUUUUGCAUCUCUUAAUAUGUCUGAACACAACAGGAAAACACCAUAAUCAUUUAAACCCAUUCUUUGUCUAGUCUUCUAAAUAAUAUGUAUAACCAAUAUUUCCUUAAGAAUGUAGUAGCAUAUAAGCUGUAAAUUUCUGGAGUUUGUGCACACAAAUUUACCUGGGUGGAUAUGUAGGUAUAUGUAAAUUUGUUUCCUCUUCCAGGAGCUCAGGAAAUAACAUACUCCUGAAAAACAGAAUAGAAAAGUAUGUGCUUUAUGUUUUUGCCAGGCAUUAAAUUUUCUUAUCAUUUAGGAUCAUUUAUAAAAAUGAUCAUUAUUUAUUUUGUUUUAUAAUUUUUACAGGAGUGAGACUGCAAAUCCACAUGUUUGAUAAUUUCUACCAAAUUAAAUGUCUAGAAAAUAUAAAUCAUAUGACAGUGCAUGUGUGAAUGUAUGUCUCUCUUUUAAGAUGCAUCAUCUUAAGGCAAAUAAAAGCUUAAGUCCUUAAUCAUUACAGACUGCUAAAGACUUUAUCCUUUUAGAUUCUUGGUCUCUUUGUUGCUUGUUGCAAAUAGAUCAUCUAGCAACAUUUAUGUUUAAUUAAGAAAUCUAACUUGAUUUUAAAAGUUACCCAUAUUGCAUAUAAAAAUCUUGCUAUUAGUUGUGUCUUGGCUUUACAUAAGCACUUUUGCUCAUGUGACUUUGCACUUAUUUUAAUCCUCUUUAAAGGGUUACAGGCAAAUUCUACUUUGCAAUAAUCACACCAAGGCAUAAAAGAAUAACUUGUCCAAAAUCUAGCAAGUUGGUGACAACUGGGUUUAGAAUGAGUGAGCACACUUUUCGAGUCCCAUGGCAUGCCUAUAAAAUUAUACUGCCUCAAAUUAUGAAAUUCAGGAAUCUUGUAUGUAAUUCUAAGUUUGGGACAGGAACUUACAAGCAUUUCUCAUCUAUACAUACAUUUAUAUACGUACAUGUUACAUAUAUUUAUAUAUAUUCUCAUAUACAUAUGAAAAAUAUUUAUGAUGAAUAGAAUUAUAAGAUAUAUAUGUAUCAUUUACUGAGUCAUAUUUUGAAAUAUCCCAUGAACUCAUUUACUUCUCUUGACUCUCAAAAUUCUAACUACAAAGCUAGCUUCAGAACCUGUGACAACCCCACCCCACCCAAGCAGCUGCCUAGAGUUGUCUACUGCUAUCAUUUUGUAUAAAACAGUCGUAUUAACUUGAAUGAGUCUAGAAUCCAUCAUUAGGAUUGUGAUAUUUAUAGAGUAUCCAAUGUGGAGAUAAUGAUACUUUAAAUAUAAAAAGGAAAAUAUGAUAAAACUUAUUUAAAAAUGCUUGUAAUGAUUGAGCAGUCAAUGUAUUUCUAUCGCUUUCACCAUUUUCUAUUCCUGUUCUAAGUUUGGUGGUAAAUUUGUUGUUUUGUUUGAUUUAUCUGUUUUGUUUGUAUUUCAUCUCCCAGCAAUUGAUUAGUGUUAAUCAUUAAAUCUAUUUUGAUACAGGUUUUAUAUAUAAUUAGAUCUGUUUUCCACUUUAUUACAAUUAAGAAAUCAGUGAAAUAUGGAUAUAAAAGGAGAACUGGACUUGAAAAAGACAAAUACACAUUUACAAGGCUAUACCUUCGGUAGGAUAGACAAUUCCAUGUAGAAUAUUUUCUUUUGAUAAUGAAAAAAAAUUAAAAAGGUCACAAACUUUGACUGUGUCAAAGCAUUUUUAUUUUUUUAUUUUUAAUUUUUUGAGACAAGAUCUUACUCUGCCACCCAGGCUGGAGCGCAGUGGCCCAGUCACAACUCACUGCAGCCUGAACUUCAGGGCUCAAGCAGUUCUCUACCUCAGCCUCCUGAGUAGCUGGGACUACAGGUGCAUGCCAAUACACUUGGCUAAUUUUUGUGUUUUUUUGUGGAGACAGGGUUCCUACAAAAAUUGUUGCCCAGGCUGGUCUCCAACUCCUGAGCUCAAGUGAUCCACCCACCUCAGCUUCCCAAAGUACUGGCAUUACAGGCAUGAGCCACCAUGCCAGCCUGCUGUGUCAAACUUUUGCAUCUUUUUUUGAGACAGAGUCUUGCUCUGUAGCCCAGGUUACAGUGCAGUAGAGUGACCAGGAGGUUGGCUCACUGCAACCUCUGCCUCCCAGGCUCAAGAGAUUCUCCUGCCUUAGCCUCCCGAGUAGCUGGGAUUAUAGGCACCUGCCACCACACCUGGCAAACUUUUGUAUUUUUAGUGGAGACGGGGGUUUCACUGAGUUGGCCAGGCUAGUCUCAAACUCCUGAACUCAGGUGAUCUGCCCGCUUCAACUUCCCAAAGGGCUGGGAUUACAGGCAUGAGCCACCAUGCCGGGCCCCAAGUUUGCAUCUGUUAAUGAUGCACCCUCUGAGCAAAUACAUAGAGAAAACUCUUAGAACAAUUAAAAACUGCAGAGCAACAGUAUCUUCGAUGUCUUUGGUUUCAAGUUUGCCUCUAAAAUACUAAUCCAUAUUUUUCUACUUCUCAGAUAAUUUAUACGUGCAUAAUCCUCCUAAAUGUACAAGAGACUUUUUAACACUAAAAGAUUGUCAGUGCUUAACAAAAACUCAAUUUUAUAUUACUCAUAUUGUUUUGGUUUUAAUUGAAUGUGAAUUAAUUUUUAUUAGUUAUUUGAUUUGGAAUGUUAUGUAUGCCAUUAACACUAUUAGGGGAAUGUCUAGCAUUUCUGUAUUUUUAAAGCAUUUGAUUCUUUUGUCAAUUCUGUCGAUGUAAUCAUCUUAAAAUGUGUGACAAGGCUCAGGCCUAUAAUCCCAGCACUUUGGGAGGCCAAGGCGGGUGGAUCACAAGGUCAAGAGAUCGAGACCAUCCUGGUCAAUCAACAUGGCGAAACCCCGUCUCUACUAAAAAUACAAAAAUUAGCUGGGCAUGGUGGCGCGCGCCUGUAAUCCCAGCUACUUGGGAGGCUGAGGCAGGAGAAUUGCUUGAACCCAGGAGGCGGAGGUUGUGGUGAGCCGAGAUCGUGCCAUUGCACUCCAGCCUGGGUAACAAGAGUGAAACUCUGUCUCAAAAAAAAAAAAAAGAGAAAAAGAAAAGUGUGACAUAAAUCAGUACCUUCAUUCUUCUAUAUUGUGUGUCUCCUCCAACUUUUUUUGUUUUUUUAAAAAUGUUUCUCUAACACCGCAACAGUUUAAGGUAAUUCAGUAGACAUAUGUCAGUAUUUUCAUUAUCUGAAAAAAGCAACCAAUUUUUAAAGUUCAUCUUUUUCCUAAAACUUUAUUAUGUUUUUAUUUUAAGGGGUUUCCUGUCAUAUAUACUUUUUACACAUGCAAAUAAACUUUAUACCAAGUGGA